UCCAGCUAAUCAGGAUCAGCGGCCUGAAGGAGACGCAGAGAGAGAGAGUCUGGAGCUCUGACCCAGACAUCAAACUGCAGAAACGCUGAACCUCGUACACUACAGGAGGCCGGGACCGCCAGAGAGGGACAACAAAAGGAACCAGUUUCAAACAAAGAAGGGGACUAGACAACAAAACUCCCUCCUCCAGCUUCUUCAGCAUCUUGAUUCUCCAUCCUGUGAACUCUGGGCCUCUUCACGUCUUCUGCAGAAACAACAGCACUAAAAGGGAAGAGGAGAAAGACGAGAGGACGUCAGGAGGUUUUAUUGAGAGAGACUGAUCCACCAGCGCUCACGUAAGACAUGGAAACAUUACAUUUCCUCGGUCAGAGAUGAAAACUUCACACCUUUGUGUGCCUCUGAAUCUCUGCCAUAGCCCUCACAUGGUGACUUCUGAUGUCCUGCUAUCCACCUGAGGCUGAAACAUGGUCAUUCUGCAACAGGGGGACUAUGUGUGGCUGGACCUUAAAACGGGUCGAGAGUUUGACGUCCCGGUGGGAGCCGUGGUCAAACUGUGCGACUCGAGACAGAUCCAGGUCCUGGACGAUGAAGGGAAGGAGCACUGGAUCUCUCCGCAGAACACCAACAUCAAACCCAUGCACCCGACCUCUGUGCACGGCGUGGAGGACAUGAUCCGCCUGGGAGACCUGAACGAAGCUGGCAUCCUCCGAAACCUUUUGAUCCGCUACAACGAGCGCGUCAUCUACACUAAUUGUGGUGGAAAGACGUACACGGGCUCCAUCCUGGUGGCGGUGAACCCGUACCAGCUGCUCCCGAUCUACACCCCCGAUCAGAUCCGCCUCUACACCAACAGGAAGAUCGGAGAGCUGCCGCCGCACAUCUUCGCCAUCGCAGACAACUGUUACUUCAACAUGCAGAGGAACAACAAGGACCAGUGCUGCAUCAUCAGCGGUGAGUCUGGAGCGGGGAAGACGGAGAGCACGAAGCUGAUCCUGCAGUUCCUCGCUGCCAUCAGCGGACAACACUCCUGGAUCGAGCAGCAGGUCCUGGAGGCCACGCCCAUCCUGGAAGCGUUUGGUAAUGCCAAGACCAUCCGUAACGACAACUCCAGUCGCUUUGGGAAGUACAUCGAUAUCCACUUCAACAAGAGAGGAGCCAUCGAAGGAGCCAAGAUCGAGCAGUACCUGCUGGAGAAAUCCAGAGUGUGCCGACAGGCUCCGGAUGAGAGGAACUACCACGUGUUUUACUGCAUACUGAAGGGCAUGGCUCCAGAGAUGAAGGUUAAACUGGGCCUGGGUCUCGCAUCUGACUACUCCUACCUCACCAUGGGUAAAUGCACAGCGUGUGAUGGUCGGGACGAUCUGAGGGAUUACUCCAGCAUCCUGUCGGCCAUGAAGGUUCUGAUGUUCACCGAGACGGAGAACUGGGAGAUCUCCAAGCUGCUGGCCGCCAUCCUGCACAUGGGGAACCUGCGCUACGAGGCUCGUACGUACGACAACCUGGACGCCUGCGUGGUCGUCAGAUCUCCAGACCUGGUGACUGCUGCUUCACUGCUGGAGGUGGACCCGAAGGAUGUGAUGGUGUGUCUGACCACCAGGACUCUGAUCACACGAGGGGAAAGUGUCGCUACAUCGCUCAGCGUGGAGCAGGGCCUGGACGUCAGGGACGCCUUCGUCAAGGGGAUCUACGGGCGGCUGUUUAUCUGGAUCGUGGAUAAGAUCAACGCGGCCAUCUUCAGACCUCCGUCCUGCGAGAGCAACAUCGUGCAGCGCUCCAUCGGACUGCUGGACAUCUUCGGGUUCGAGAACUUCAUCGUCAACAGUUUCGAGCAGCUCUGCAUCAACUUCGCCAACGAGAACCUGCAGCAGUUCUUCGUGCGGCACGUCUUCAAGCUGGAGCAGGAGGAGUACAACCUGGAGGACAUCAGCUGGCAGCACAUCGAGUUCACCGACAACCAGGACGCUCUGGACAUGAUCGCCAACAAACCCAUGAACAUCAUCUCGCUGAUCGACGAGGAGAGCAAGUUCCCCAAGGGUACUGAUGCCACGAUGCUGUACAAACUGAACUCGCAGCACAAGCUGAACUAUAACUACAUCCCUCCCAAAAACAGCUACGCCACUCAGUUUGGAAUCCAACACUUCGCUGGGGUCGUGAACUACGAGACCAGAGGUUUUCUGGAGAAAAACCGAGACAGCCUCCACACGGACAUCAUCCAGCUGGUCCACUCGUCCAAGAACAAGUUCAUCAAACAGAUCUUCCAGGCGGACGUGGCCAUGUUUCUGUGCGGCUAUCAGCAGCCCAGCACUUCCAUUCCUAAGUUUCAGAGGAGUGAAAACCCCAAAAAUUCAGCACCGUAUGCUCAUGGUGCAGAGACGAGGAAGCGCUCCCCCACUCUGAGUAGUCAGUUCAAGCGCUCUCUGGAGAUGUUGAUGAGGACGCUCAGCGUGUGUCAGCCGUUCUUCGUGCGCUGCAUCAAACCCAACGAGUUCAAAAAACCCAUGUUGUUCGACAGAGAGCUGUGUAUCCGUCAGCUGAGAUACUCCGGCAUGAUGGAGACGAUCCGGAUCCGACGGGCCGGAUAUCCCAUCAGAUACACAUUCGUGGAGUUUGUGGAUCGAUACCGAGUCCUGAUGCCCGGAGUCAAACCGGCCAACAUACAGGAGGAUCUUCGAGGAACGUGUCAGCAGAUCGUUCUUGCCCGGCUCGGGAAAGACGGAGACUGGCAGAUCGGGAAGACCAAGAUCUUCCUAAAGGAUCACCACGACAUGCAGCUGGAGAUCGAGAGAGACAAAGGCAUCACUGACAAAGUCAUCCUGAUCCAGAAGGCUGUGAGAGGACUCAAAGAGAGGACUCACUAUCUCCGUCUGAGGAGUGCUGUGACUUUGAUCCAGAGGCUUUGGAGGGGCUAUCAGUGCAGGAAGAACUUCAAAAAAAUGCAGUCUGGUUUCCUGCGCCUCCAGGCCGUCUUCAGGUCCAGGAAGUACUUCAGGAGCUACCGGAGGACGCGUCUGCGUGUGAUUCUGAUCCAGGCUCGGUGUCGAGGGUUUCUGAUCCGACAGACGUUCUGGAGGCGUCUCCGUGCCGUUCUGACGCUGCAGGCGUUCACCAGAGGGAUGAUCGCUCGACGCCUCUGCCAGCGGCUCAGGGCAGAGCUGCAGCGCCGCCUGGAGGCCGAGAAGCAGCGUCUUUUCGAGGAGGAGCGUCUGAGGAACCAGAUGACGGCACGCCGGGCGAAGGUGGAGGCGGAGAGGAACCACCAGGAGAGACUGGUGGUGAUCGCCCAGCAGCAGGAGGAGAGAGAGAGGGAGGAGAGGGAGGAGACCAGGAGGCAGAAGGAGCGUCUGGAGCAGAUGGAGAGGGAGAAGGAGCAGCCGGUGGAUCACUCAGACAUGGUGGACAGGAUGUUCGGGUUCCUGGGAAACUCUGGGCCGCUGCCCAAUCAGGAGGGACGAGCACCCGCUGGAUUUGAAGACUUGGAGAACAACCCUCAGGGUGAUGAAGCUGAAGAGGAGGUGAUGAAUGAAGCCCGGCCGCUGCCUGAUGAGGAAGAUGAAGAUCUGUCCGAGUACAAGUUCUCCAAGUUUGCAGCGACGUACUUCCAGGGAAUUUCCACUUACACCUACAUCAGACGAGCUCUGAAACAACCUCUGCUGUUCCACGAGGACGAAGGAGACCAGCUGGCUGCGCUGGCGGUGUGGAUCACCGUGCUGAGGUUCAUGGGAGACUUACAGGAGCCCAAGAGUCAGAUGGCGAUAAACGACGGCAGCGAGAAGAUCCCCGUCAUGACGAAGAUCUACGAGACCCUCGGAAAGAGGACGUACAAGAGAGAGCUGCAGGAGCUGCAGGUGGAGGGGGAGAACAGCGCCAUCGACAGCCAGAAGAGGAACAGUGUGAGACAUAAACUGGUGUCUCUCACUCUGAAGAGGAAAUCUAAAAUCACGGAGGAGGUGACCAGACGUCUGACGGAGGGGGAUUACGGCCUGCAGGGGAACAGCAUGCUGGAGGACAGACCCACCUCCAACCUGGAGAAACUCCACUUCAUCAUCGGGAACGCCAUCUUAAGACCCGCCCUCAGGGAUGAGAUCUACUGUCAGAUCUGCAAACAGCUGACUCAGAACUCGUCUAAGAGCAGCCACGCUCGAGGCUGGAUCCUGCUGUCGCUCUGCGUCGGCUGCUUCGCCCCCUCAGAGAAGUUCGUCAAGUAUUUACGGAGGUUUUUGAUCAACGGUCCCCCUAGUUACGCUCCAUAUUGUGAGGAAAGGUUGAGAAGGACGUUUGUGAACCGAACCAGAACUCAACCGCCAUCUUGGCUGGAGCUACAGGCCACUAAAUCUAAGAAGCCCAUCAUGCUGCCGGUGACCUUCAUGGACGGCACCACCAAGACUCUUCUGGCCGACUCGGCCACCACGGCCUCGGAGCUCUGCAACGCCCUCGCUGACAAAAUAAGCCUGAGAGACCGCUUUGGGUUCUCGCUGUACAUCGCCCUGUUCGACAAGGUCUCGUCUCUCGGCAGCGGCAGCGACCACGUGCUGGACGCCGUGUCUCAGUGCGAACAGUACGCCAAGGAGCAGGGUGCGCAGGAGAGGAACGCCCCCUGGAGGCUGUUCUUCAGGAAGGAAAUCUUCAACCCCUGGCACGACCCGGAGGACGACCACACCGCCACCAACCUCAUCUACCAGCAGGUCGUACGGGGCGUGAAGUUCGGAGAGUACCGCUGCGAGAGGGAGGAGGACCUGGCAGAGCUGGCCUCUCAGCAGUAUUUCGUGGAUUACGGUGCUGAGGUCCUCCAGGAUCGUCUGCUCAGCCUCGUCCCGUCCUACAUCCCUGACAGAGAGAUCUCCUCCACCAAGACCACCGAGAAGUGGCUGCAGCUCAUCGUCAGCGCCCACAAAAAGGGACUACACAGUAAACGCAGGCUGAGCACUCAGAGGGUGAAGGAGGACGUGGUGGACUUUGCUCGGUUAAAGUGGCCUUUACUCUUCUCACGCUUCUACGAGGCCUUCAAGUUCUCCGGUUGGUCAUACUGUAUACAGCUGUCUUAUUUACUAUUGGGGUCCUUUGGAGGGGAACUAUCCCCUCCCUCUUCAUAAAUGUGCUUUCUACUC